AUGCCGCCAAUUGUGGCGGAUGGUUUUAGUGAUGAAACCAGUGAAUCUGAGAGCGAGGGGUCUGACCUGACCUCCAUGUCGUCGAGUGCGCUCCAGAUGCCAAAUGACGAGGAAGAACAAGACCGCAUGGACUUGGCACACCACAUGUCAGCAUCACCUUCACUCCCGUAUAGCCCAUCGCCUGCAUUGCUAACUCCAACCAACAGAUGGCUGAUGCUGAUGAAAUGCGAGCUCUUUGAGGCCCCGGUCACACAUCCCCAGAAAAUCUUGGAUCUCGGUACAGGCACCGGCAUCUGGGGCAUUGAUAUUGCCCAUUCCCAGAAGCGCAUGUCAUUGGCAACGAUAUCAGCGCCAUCCAACCAACCCAACUGGGUUGCGCCCAGUCUCGAAUUUAUCGUAGAAGAUUUUGAAGAUGAAUGGCUGUACCCACCGAACAAUUUUGACUUCAUCCACGCAAGACUACUAGCAGGAUGCGUCGCCGACUGGCCCAAAUUCAUCCAAAAAAUCUACACCCACCUCAAACCCGGCGGCUACUUCGAGAUCCAAGAAAGCGCCGUCUGGGUCUGGAGCGACGACGGCACGCUACCCGCCGACUCAGCCAUGCUGCAUUACGUGCAGGCCCUCAAUGCCGUAGGGCGCGCGUCCAGCCGCGAGCUCAACAUCUACGACAAGCUGCACGACUGGCUCGUCGAUGCCGGCUUCGAAGACUUCUCCCAGUUCACGUACCCGCUGCCCUACUCGCCCUGGCCGCGCGACCUCUACCACAAGGAGAUUGACAGGUAA